CCGGGGAGGUUUUGGAGGUGUUGACUUGGCUGGAGGACUCUUAUUUCAUUGUCAUAAUUAACCAAGGACGGUGUUUUAAAUGGCUAAAACGUACGAUUAUCUGUUCAAACUUCUGCUGAUCGGAGAUAGCGGUGUCGGGAAGACAUGUUUACUCUUCAGGUUCAGCGAAGACGCCUUCAACACCACCUUUAUUUCAACAAUCGGAAUUGAUUUCAAAAUAAGAACAAUAGAGCUAAACGGGAAGAGAGUAAAGCUGCAGAUAUGGGACACAGCUGGCCAGGAGCGGUUUAGGACAAUCACUACAGCCUAUUACAGAGGGGCCAUGGGCAUUAUGUUAGUGUAUGACAUCUGCAAUGAGAAGUCCUUUGAGAACAUAAAGAACUGGAUCCGGAACAUUGAGGAGCACGCGUCAUCUGAUGUGGAAAAGAUGAUCCUGGGAAAUAAAUGUGACAUGACUGACCGAAGACAGGUGUCUAGAGAACGAGGGGAGAAGUUGGCAAUAGAUUAUGGAGUGAAGUUCUUGGAGACGAGUGCAAAGUCCAGCUUAAAUGUGGAAGAGGCAUUUUAUACUGUGGCAAGAGACAUCAUGGACAGCCUGGACAGUAAAACGAGUGACACCGAUCCACCAGGAGGGGGCACCGGAGGAGCAGUUAAAAUCACAGAGAAGCGAAUCUCCUCCAAGAAGAUCAAAUCACUGCUCAAGUGCUCUCUGCUUUAGUGGGUCUGGUUAUAGAUCUGUUGUUUCUAGAUGGCGGUUGUUACUGUAACACCCAUAGAGUUGUGGUCAGUGGAUCAGCUGGGACGUUUGCUGGAUGUCCUGCUGGCCAUCACUCAGACAUCUGUGCCUCCAGGGCUUUAUAGAACCAGCUGAGGUCACCUGAUGACCACCACUGUCUAAACACAGCAGGACCUGAGGAAGAUGUAGGUCCUGUAACAAUGUUCCUGUAACAAUGUCUGUUCAUGACUUACCUGUCUACUGAGCUCUGACAUCACGCAACAUCUUGCUGGUCAAGGGAGGAAACAAUGACAAUCCAUUUGUGUUGUCAGUCUGCUGUCUGUCUGUCAGUGCUGCUUGUCUGUCUGUGUGUUUGUGUCUAUCUAUCUCUUGUUCGUAUGUCGGUUUCUGUCCGUCUGUCUGGCUGGCAUUCAACCUCCUCCUUCAGACUAUAGGAAUCAGAAUUAUACCAGACAGAGAUAACAUUGGUCAUUUAAUUGUAAUUCUUUGUGAUAUUUUAAACCCCUAUUGAGAUUUGUCAGAAUAUGCAAAUCUGUCACUUUUACAUCCAGCUGUCAAAUGUAGGUUUUGUACAGAGAUGCAUAUUCAUGUGAUGGUUGUACAGGGACAUGUUGUUAUGAUGCAUAUUCAUGUGAUGGUUGUACAGGGACAUGUUGUUAUGAUGCAUAUUCAUAUGAUGGUUGUACAGGGACAUGUUGUUAUGAUGCAUAUUCAUGUGAUGGUUGUACAGGGACAUGUUGUUAUGAUGCAUAUUCAUGUGAUGAUGGUUGUACAGGGACAUGUUGUUAUGAUGCAUAUUCAUGUGAUGGUUGUACAGGGACAUGUUGUUAUGAUGCAUAUUCAUGUGAUGAUGGUUGUACAGGGACAUGUUGUUAUGAUGCAUAUUCAUAUGAUGGUUGUACAGGGACAUGUUGUUAUGAUGCAUAUUCAUGUGAUGAUGGUUGUACAGGGACAUGUUGUUGUGAUGCAUAUUCAUGUGAUGAUGGUUGUACAGGAACAUGUUAUGAUGCAUAUUCAUGUGAUGGUUGUACAGGGACAUGUUGUUAUGAUGCAUAUUCAUGUGAUGAUGGUUGUACAGGGACAUGUUGUUAUGAUGCAUAUUCAUGUGAUGAUGGUUGUACAGGAACAUGUUAUGAUGCAUAUUCAUGUGAUGAUGGUUGUACAGGGACAUGUUGUUGUGAUGCUUAUUCAUGUGAUGAUGGUUGUACAGGGACAUGUUGUUAUGAUGCAUGUUCAUGUGAUCAUGGUUGUACAGGAACAUGUUAUGAUGCAUAUUCAUGUGAUCAUGGUUGUACAGGGACAGUAUUAGUUGCAUGUACUAUUUCAGAGUAUUUGCGUGUCUUUGGAAAGUUACAUAAUUCUUGUCCUGUUUGUUAAAUAACUUUUAUUUCUAUGUGCACUAUAAGCCAGUUAAUGUUUUGUGUCUUCUUCCAUUUGUUGGACUUGGUCAUGUUUGCCAUAAUUGCAGUAUUAGCUUAUAGUCUAUAUGAAGGUUUAAAGAACAAUAUCAGAAUCAUUUCAAUAUUAUUGAUGUGACACCUGAGAGAGAACCUCUCUCCAUUACCUUUUAGGUGUGGUCCCAGACUGUGCCCUCAUAAAUAUUUAUUAAUCUAAUGUUGUUUGUAGGCAGCAGGUUGGUAAUAAAAAAAGACAUACAACUGUUUGAAAAGUAAAGGUUGUAUUAAAGUUUCAAUACAGUC